AUGAAUUGGGUUCGCGGUCACUCACUAGGCAGUGGAACCUUUGCCACUGUCGACUUAGCUAUACACACACAACACUCCGUUAACUUUCCGUCUCUCACUGCCGUCAAAUCCACCUAUCUUUACAAUUCUUAUUCUCUCCUAAACGAGAAACACAUACUCGAUCGUUUAGGAUCUUCCCCUUUUAUUGUCAAGUGUUUUGGCCACGAUCAAACUCUUGAAAACGGCGUAAACUUUUAUAAUAUUUUUCUAGAGUAUGCCGCCGGUGGAACACUCUCCGAUCAGCUCAAGAAUCACGGCGGUAAGUUCCCCGAAACUCUCGUUCGCCGUUACACCAGGUCCAUUGUCAAAGGACUUAAACACAUUCACGAAAACGGUUUUGUUCAUUGCGACGUGAAGCUACAAAACAUUCUUGUAUUCGACAAUGACAACGUUAAGAUUUCGGAUUUCGGUCUUUCAAAGAAGAAAGGAUUAAAACAGGGAGAAAAGUGGGAGUUGAGAGGAACUCCGAUGUUUAUGUCGCCGGAAUCGGUGAACGAUAAUGUGUAUGAGUCUCCGGCGGAUAUAUGGGCACUUGGUUGCACCGUCAUGGAGAUGGUUACAGGAGAACCAGCAUGGAAUAUGAGUGAUAAUGAGAAUAUUUGGUUGUUGUUAGUUCGAAUUGGAAUCGGAGAAGAAUUACCGUUGAUUCCAGAUGAAUUAUCAGAUGAAGGAAAAGAUUUUCUUGAAAAGUGUUUUGUUAAAGAUCCUUUGAAAAGAUGGAGUGCUGAAAUGCUUUUGAAACAUCCUUUUAUUUUCGAAGAUGAUGAAACUAUUUCAUCGUUGGAGACUGACGUGUCCAACAAUGAAAGAGUUUUAUUAGAGAAAGAAUUACUUGAUAAAUCUUUAUCAUUGUCACCGUCUCCAACAACCCAAUUUGAUUUUCCUCAAUGGAUUUCUUCAAGUGUAACAACUGUUUCGACAAUGCCUCCAAAUUUAAAUGAAUCAAAAUUUAAACAUGGUUUUGCUUCACCAGAGGAGAGACUACGGCUACUAGUCACAGAACAGAGACCGUUAGAUUGGUCAGAAUCAGAUGAAUGGCAUUUUGUUCGGUCAAAUUAG